AUGACCAAAUCAUACAGCGAGAGCGGGCUGAUGGGCGAGCCUCAGCCCCAGGGUCCUCCCAGCUGGACAGACGAAUGUCUCAGUUCUCAGGACGAGGAGCACGAGGCAGACAAGAAAGAGGACGACCUCGAAGCCAUGAACGCGGAAGAGGACUCACUGAGGAACGGGGGAGAGGAAGAGGACGAAGACGAGGAUCUGGAAGAGGAGGAAGAAGAGGAAGAGGAGGAUGACGAUCAAAAGCCCAAGAGACGGGGCCCCAAAAAGAAGAAGAUGACCAAGGCACGCCUUGAGCGUUUUAAGCUAAGGCGCAUGAAGGCCAACGCCCGGGAACGGAAUCGCAUGCACGGGCUAAACGCGGCUCUGGACAACCUGCGCAAGGUGGUGCCCUGCUAUUCCAAGACGCAGAAGCUGUCCAAAAUCGAGACGCUGCGCCUGGCCAAGAACUACAUCUGGGCUCUGUCGGAGAUCCUGCGUUCAGGCAAAAGCCCUGAUCUGGUCUCCUUCGUACAGACUCUCUGCAAGGGCUUAUCCCAGCCCACCACCAACCUGGUUGCCGGCUGUCUGCAGCUUAAUCCUCGGACUUUUCUGCCUGAGCAGAACCAGGACAUGCCUCCGCACCUGCCUACCGCCAGCGCUUCCUUCCCUGUGCACCCCUACUCUUAUCAGUCGCCAGGGCUGCCCAGUCCGCCCUACGGUACCAUGGACAGCUCCCACGUCUUCCACGUUAAGCCGCCGCCACACGCCUACAGCGCUGCGCUAGAGCCCUUCUUUGAAAGCCCCCUGACUGAUUGCACCAGCCCUUCCUUUGACGGACCCCUCAGCCCGCCGCUCAGUAUCAAUGGCAACUUCUCUUUCAAACACGAACCGUCCGCCGAGUUUGAGAAAAAUUAUGCCUUUACCAUGCACUAUCCUGCAGCGACCUUGGCAGGGGCCCAAACCCACGGAUCAAUCUUCUCGGGUGCCGCUGCCCCUCGCUGCGAGAUCCCUAUAGACAAUAUCAUGUCCUUCGAUAGCCAUUCACAUCAUGAGCGAGUCAUGAGUGCCCAGCUCAAUGCCAUCUUUCACGAUUAGAGGCACUUCAGUUUCACCAUCCCCGGAAACGUACCCACUGUGCUUACAGUGACUGUGGUGUUUACAAAAGGCAGCCCUUUGGGUACUAUUGCUGCAAAGUGCAAAUACUCCAAGCUUCAAGUGAUAUAUGUAUUUAUUGUCGUUACUGCCUUUGGAAGAAACAGGGGAUCAAAGUUCCUGUUCACCUUAUGUAUUAUUUUCUAUAGCUCGUCUAUUUUAAAAAAGUAAUACGGUAAAAAAA